AUGUUCUCACGGCUAUGGCUGUUCCUCUUUCUACUGGCCUUCGUGGAUUCGGCGCCUCGUGGCCCAUUGACGGAUCACUUUCAAAACUGGCUAAUUGCCAACGGGUACGAGAGUGACGCGUUCGAUCGGCCAGACAUUGGGCCGAAUGGCAGUUUCGGAGGGAAGACUAGCCCGUCAGACAAGGUAGCAAUUACAGAAUCUUUUUUCCCUUCCCGAGUAGAUUCUUUAAAUUUUUUUUCGUCAGGUUGUGAAUGAACCUGUUAUCUUUAUCCACGGAACCGGUGAUGCUGCUCUCCAUACUCAAGCCCCCAUGGCCACAGGAUGGUCACGGUCGAUACAGUAUUUUAUGGAACAGAACUACAGUAGUUCCGAGUUGUACGCCACAACGUGGGGAGAUACGUGGGGUGCCGGAAACGUAGUUGACAGUUACAACACCAUGCACACAUGUUCGUAUCUUCUGAAUUUGCGACGAUUCAUUGAAGCCGUGAUCGCUUACACCGGAGCCAAGAAGGUUGACAUCAUUGCUCAUUCAGUGGGUGUGGUGUUCGCGAGGUAACUUCAGAAUCCGAUAAUUAAAAUGAUGAUUUAGAAAAGUGUUGAAAGGCGGAGACUUGAUUGCUACAGAUGGCAACUGUCAGCUGGGUCCAUCUUUGGGAAAACACGUGGAUACCUUUUUGGGUAUCUCUGGUCCUAACUAUGGCCUUUGUGUAUGUCAGUUAGCUCAAACCGUGCCGGCAUGGUGUAACGCUCUGGAUGGACUGUACCCUGGCUACAGUUGUGAAGACCAGGUAGGCCUUAACUUCAAAUUUCAAAAGUGAUACGUUUCUUUUAAACACCAACCUUAUUAUAGCUAUUGUGUGGAUAUACUUCGAGUUCGUGUACCCAAAAGGACUACUCCACCUUCUUGGAGAAACUUAAUAAUGCUCCAGAGAAGGAAGCCGACCACGUUUACGCCAUGUGGAGUGACGGUAAGGGAUUCAGGUUAAUAUUGUUUAUGAAUUUACGAAGUUUGAUUAUUUGAUAACUGAAGGUCUUAAUUAUGUCUUCAGUUUAUUUCUAUUGUGACAUUUCAGUAGACGAAGUGGUGAUGCAUCACACCUGGGGUAAACCGACCAGUCGGAUACCUGGAAUGAAUGGACGUUGGGUGUCGGACAGGAAUGGCCAUGUAGCCAUGAAAGACUUGACCGAGCUUCGCCAGUACGAAGCUGUAGUGCAUCAUUCCAUAUAA